ACUGCCAUUCAUUGCUCUAUCUCCAAUGCUCAGAGUGGCUUUCACCCUCCCCAGCCUCAAACUGCAGGACCCCCCGAGCACAGGGAAGCAGCAGCUGCGGUCACUUCCUCAGGAAUAACGAGGGAGGGGGGGGAGAGGGAGCAGCAGGAAAGUUCAUUGCAACCGGCAGAGUUGCAAAAAAAAAAAAAGAGGAAGAAGAAGUCAGUCCCAAUUAGCAGCGUGUGGGAGCUGGGAGGCGCUGGUGUGUGAGGGGCUACACGUGGGUUAGGGUUGUGGAGGUGGGAGAAGUCUCAGCACUGCCUCUGAUGCUGCUGAUGUAUACCAGCAUGCUGCUUGCAGGGUAAGGGAUCGCUGAGCAGAGUGCAGGAGAGUAUAUUAGACCACCCCAGGAGGGCUGGAGAAGAGACUGCCUGCCUUUCCAUCCCUGGAGACCCCACAGGGUAGAGACGACAGAGCCGGACAAGAGAGAGCCAGUCCAGGUGCCGGGCGCCAGAGCUGAGCGGGGCUGUGUUGGAGCAGCAGCAGCAGCAGCAGGUCAGCACCUUGGACAGCGGCUCCCGGCUACACUACAGCUGCGACAGUCGCAGCGCCUGCUCCCCGGGUUCUCGGCUCUUAUUAUCCCGGCUUUUGUCUUCUUCUUUGGGUUGGUGCUCAGAAAGGCUUCAAGAUUCCUCCGAAAGGCAGACAGGAGGAACGGCCAGCUCUGAGCCGGCUGGUGGCCAGGAAGCGCCUGGUGGCGGCCGGUGCCCUGGGGGUGGUGAUGGUGCUGCUGCUGGUCAUCCUCAUCCCGGUGCUGGUCAGCUCGGCGGGCACCUCCGCCCACUACGAGAUGCUGGGCACCUGCCGCAUGGUCUGCGACCCCUAUGGUACCAAGCCCCCCAGCACUGCCACGGCGGAGACGGUGCGGGAUCACAGCCUUCUCCAGUCCCUGCCCACCUUCAUCCAGGGGCCGAAGGGGGAGCCGGGGCGGCCGGGGAAGGCUGGUCCCAGGGGCCCGCCGGGUGAACCAGGACCUCCCGGACCUAUGGGGGAAAAGGGGGAGCCGGGGAGGCCGGGACUGCCCGGCCCCCCGGGGGCUCCGGGGCUUAAUGCGGCUGGAGCCAUCAGCGCUGCCACCUACAGCACGGUGCCCAAGAUCGCCUUCUACGCCGGCCUGAAGCGGCAGCAUGAGGGCUACGAGCUGCUCAAGUUCGACGACGUGGUCACCAACCUGGGCAACCACUAUGACCCCACCACCGGCAAGUUCACCUGCUCCAUCCCGGGUAUCUACUUCUUCACCUACCACGUCCUGAUGCGGGGUGGGGAUGGCACCAGCAUGUGGGCAGACCUCUGCAAGAACAACCAGGUUCGGGCUAGUGCAAUCGCUCAGGAUGCAGACCAGAAUUAUGACUAUGCCAGUAACAGUGUGGUUCUACAUCUAGAGCCGGGAGAUGAAGUCUAUAUAAAAUUAGAUGGGGGCAAAGCCCACGGAGGGAACAGCAACAAGUACAGCACAUUCUCUGGAUUUAUCAUCUAUGCUGACUGAGGAGACCUCCCAUGGAGAAGACGUUUAUUUUAUCUGACGCACUUUUUGGCCCCGUUGUGACAUUGUAUUGGGGCUGCUGACUCUAGCGUGCCGGCAGGACACUUACUACUAUGGGACCAUGUGCACUGCGAAGAUCCGCUGCUACCUGACUAACAUCUGUACACCUCAAAAAAAAAAAAAAGACAUGACUAGUAAAUAAAAUAUAUACAUAUAUGUUGUACAAGUUACACAGGAGUGUCAUCCCUUACCAAAAAGCAACAUUCCUUGUCUAUGCCUGUGUCAACGAAAAUCCUAUAUGAUACAGAUUUUGUAUUGAAAAACAAAUAAAACAAAAAAAACCCUUGAAGACAAAAAAAAUAUCCCUAAACAUAUGAUAUCAAUAUACUAUAUCCUUACUGUUAUACCCAUGUGUCAGCUUUGGACUUUGUGUGUUGCCUGCCAGUGAUAACGCUUGGAGUUCAUUAGUACGACAAGACAUUGUCGGCACGUAUUUAUUUUUCGAUCACAAGAGAUGCCCGGUAAAGUGUAAGCCUCCUCCUCGAGGCCUAAUCUGGGUAACCAUGCCAACGUGUAAUCGAGUUUGCAGGUUUGGAAAUACAAAAGUAAAAAUCUGAGAGAAAGAAUAAGUUUCAGUUUGAUAAAACUGUGACGCUGCUAAAUAUUCUGUUAAACACAAUUUAAAUUGCAUAUAUAAAAGAAAUUUAAAAGUGGUUACAUUUGUUCAUAUAAAGUUUUAUAUUUAAUA